AUGGCACAAAACAUCACUUCAAUGCAUGGAACACCAACAAGUGAUAAAAUGACAUCUCUUGAUCAUACUUCCACCAUAAUAUGGCUGCUGCAAAUGCUUGGACGCAUUGACUAUACACAGCCUGGACCCAUUGACGACUCAGUGUUGACACAGCAGGCGACGCAUCGGUCUGAAGCUAUUUGGAAUGGGCGGGAUCCAGGGUCCAUUACCUGCCGUAGUCGUAGUUCAGAGUUCUCCAAGCAACCUCCAAUGGUGGACAACCGAGUGAGGAACAUCAUCACCACAGUUGGUUUGGAGGGACUCUUGUGGGUCCCGGGUAGAGAGAUUGACAAUGGCCUGAUAACGGCCUUAGUGGAGCGAUGGCGGCCCGAGACUCACACCUUUCACAUGCCACAUGGUGAGGUGACCAUCACAUUGCAGGAUGUGGAGGUUCUUCUCAGGCUUCCUGUUGAUGGUGACGCUAUAACAGGGAGCACACAAAAAACUUGGGUGAAUGUGUGCCGGGACUUCCUUGGUUUUCAACCUGUAACUCAAAAUAACCAUAAGCAACUUGAUGGGCAGAGGAUUCUCAUCAACCGCCUUUUGGAGGAAGUUGCUAACCCAUUGCCGCCUGAUGCUGAAGAGGAUCAGCUGCAUAAGUACGCACGAUGCUACAUCCUAGCGCUAUUGGGGGACACAAUAUUCAUGGACAAAUCCGGCGAUAGGGUGCAUUUAAUGUGGGUGCAGCAGUUGGAAGACCUUCACAAUCCACGGAGGUACAGUUGGGGAAGUGCUUGCCUUGCAUGGUUGUAUCGAGAGCUAUGCAGGGCAAGCGAGGACACCAGUCAGAUUGAUGGGUGCUUGUUGUUGCUCCAGUACUGGGCAUGGGCCAGGUUCCCCUAUUUGUGCCCGACAGUUGAGCGAGGCCCGCCAGUGGGUGCUUACGGUCCUCCAGUACGUGGUCCACUAUCCCUGAAGUGGUUGUGGGUCCCAAACAAGAAAAAUAGGCCCGCCCACAUCUUCAGGGACAGGUAUCGCGAGCAACUAGCUUCCAUGUUGCCAGACCAGGUGGUGUGGCAGCCAUAUGAAGCUCAUUUUGACGACCUCCCGCCCUGGUGUGUUGCAGGGAGGGCCGUAUGGACGGCAACGGUGCCGCUUGUAUGUUUCCACCUAGUAGAGAAACAUACACCGGAUCGUGUUGUUCGUCAAUUCGGGAUGAUCCAAGAAAUUUCCCGCGCUGUUAACACUGACAGAGUGCUUCAUGGCAUUGAUUUGAGGGGGAAGAUCGGUGUUAAUUGGAUGCAGAAGCAUGCUGCGCAUAGCCUUGAGUGGGGUUAUCGCUUUGAUAUAUACCCUCUGCAUGAUUAUAAUUCCUCAGAGUGUGUCCUGCAAUUUUCUGCUCAUUUUUGUUAUAGAUCUCCAUUGCAUAAUCACUCCACACCUUACCUCGAGAGAGAUCAGAAGUAA